CGAUUGGCUCACCGAGGCCUCCGGGCCGGGCUUCGACAUGCUGGAGGAGCCCCGGCCGCGGCCUCCGCCCUCGGGCUUCGUGGGCCUCCUGUUCCUUGCACUGUGCAGUCGGGCCCUCAGCAAUGAGAUUCUGGGCCUGAAGCUGCCUGGGGAGCCACCACUGACGGCCAACACCGUGUGCUUGACGCUGUCGGGCUUGAGCAAGAGACAGCUGGGCCUGUGCCUGCGCAGCCCCGACGUGACGGCGUCUGCGCUGCAGGGGCUGCACAUCGCUGUCCACGAGUGUCAGCACCAGCUGCGCGACCAGCGCUGGAACUGUUCGGCUCUCGAGGGCGGCGGUCGCCUGCCGCACCACAGCGCCAUCCUCAAGCGCGGUUUCCGUGAGAGUGCUUUUUCUUUCUCCAUGCUGGCUGCAGGUGUCAUGCAUGCCGUAGCCACAGCCUGCAGCCUGGGCAAGCUGGUGAGCUGCGGCUGCGGCUGGAAGGGCAGUGGUGAACAGGAUCGGCUGAGGGCCAAACUACUGCAGCUGCAAGCAUUGUCCCGAGGCAAGAGCUUCCCUCACUCUCUGCCUAACCCUGGACCUGGCUCAGGCUCCAGCCCUGGCCCCCAAGAUACUUGGGAAUGGGGUGGCUGUAACCAUGACAUGGACUUUGGAGAGAAAUUCUCUAGGGAUUUCCUGGAUUCCAGGGAAGCCCCUCGGGACAUCCAGGCACGAAUGCAGAUCCACAACAACAGAGUGGGACGCCAGGUGGUAACUGAAAAUCUGAAGCGGAAAUGCAAGUGCCAUGGCACUUCAGGCAGCUGCCAGUUUAAGACCUGCUGGAGGGCUGCCCCAGAGUUCCGGGCAGUGGGGGCAGCGCUGAGGGAGCGGCUAGGUCGGGCCAUUUUCAUCGACACCCAUAACCGCAACUCAGGAGCCUUCCAACCCAGACUGCGUCCUCGUCGUCUUUCAGGAGAGCUAGUCUACUUUGAAAAGUCUCCAGACUUCUGUGAACGAGACCCCACAGUAGGCUCCCCAGGCACACGAGGCCGGGCCUGCAACAAGACCAGCCGCCUACUGGAUGGCUGUGGCAGCCUGUGCUGUGGCCGUGGGCACAAUGUGCUGAGACAGACACGAGUUGAACGUUGCCACUGCCGUUUCCACUGGUGUUGUUAUGUGCUGUGUGAUGAGUGCAAGGUCACAGAGUGGGUCAAUGUGUGCAAGUGAGGAUCUGUUUCCCCAUUGAACUGGAAACAGGAAGUGUGUGGAAGGGACACCAUCUCAGCCUUUUGCUCUGAUUUCUGUACAGGGUCAAUCUUGGCCUUGGUAUCUCCCCGAAGAUAGUUUUGGGGAUGGUGAGGGCCAGGCAGAGUCUGUGAUGUGCAGGCUUCUCUCCCAUAGCUGGAGGACCUGGAAGCUGUCACUUCUCUUAUGCUCUUAAAUACCUGAACGGACUAAGAGUAAAUGCACUGUACUGCCUCCAAACUCCAGGACCCCUUUAACCCUGGUUCAUAUUCCUUUUGACUGGGGAGUACCUGUAAUUUAAUUACUC